AUGAAGAGUGCCUUAAUUCAUGCGGAAUUAUGGGAGGUAGUGUGUGGACGUGUGGUUAAAAACGAAAGUGAUAGUGCUGAGCUAAAGGCUUUGUGCGACGCGAAGGACGAAAAAUCAUUGGCAACCAGAAAGGAAAUCAGCAUUGAUGUUGAACUUGAUUCACUUCUGCAGCGCUUUUGGGAGGUAGAAAAUUGUCCCGGCCCAAUAGUUCAAGCCACUAAGGAGGAGCUAGAUUGCGAGGCCCACUUUGUUAAAAAUUACACCCGACUGCCAGCUGGCGAUUACUCGGUACGGUUGCCGCUAAAACUCCAUUUGGACUCUUUAGGAGAUUCCUAUCCUCAGUCUUUGCAGAGAUUCUUGUCGCUGGAAAGGAAGCUUACAAAGCACCCUGGCUUGAGGGUUAAAUAUGCGGCCUUCAUUAAGAAAUAUCAUGAUCUGGGACAUAUGUCGCCUGUGCCUGCCUCCGAGGUCAGCUCGUGCCGAUAUUUUUUGCCACAUCACUGCGUCAUGAAGGAGGAUAGCACUACCACCAAGCUUCGCGUUGUCUUAGACGGAUCAGCUGCCACUUCCACUGGUUACUCGCUUAACGAUGUGUUAAUAGCUGGCCCGGUCAUCAAGCCCAAGCACAUCAUCAUCACAUCCUAG